UAAUGCACAUGAAAAUUAGCAGUAGUAAAUAUAUUUAUUAUACAAAUGGUUUAAAAUUAAAUAAAAGCUUCCUACGUAGAAAAUGGCUGAUUCAGUAACAGCAGCAUCACCUGCAGUAGUUUCUGCUGCUCCAGCUAAUGGUGCUGGUGAUGCUAAUAAUGGACCACCACAGAAUCGAGGAGGUGGAGGCCGAGGUCGAGGAAUGGGUCGAGGAGGUCCACCACGAGGUAGAGGAGGCUUUAUGAGAGGAAGAGGUGGACCGGGAGGUCCUCCUGGCAGAGGUGGUAUGAUGAGAGGAAGGGGAGGACCAAGAGGAGCUCCAAGAGGUGGACCUAGAGGUAGGAAAGCAAUGUUUAUAGCUAUUGUAAGAACUGUUUUUUUUCUAUGUAGGGACAGACGUUUGUACAGACUCAUUGUCCAUAUUAAAAAAAAUUGUAUUG